UUUUAAUAAUAUUACAUAAUCACUAAAAGAAAGAUCGUACUUUUAACUUGUAAACUAAUAAAAUUUAUAUGAUUUAUAAUUUUGUUAUCUGAAACAAAAUUAUAUCAACACAUUUAGACAUUUGUUUUUUUCUUAAUUUAGAAAUAGAUAAUGUUACAGUUGGGCUGUACAUAAUUUGUUAAUGUAAGAAGCCCAGAAAGUUAACAAUCUAGUCCCUUUAGGUUUCAGGUUUUCCUGUCCAAAAGAGGCAAAGACUAAGAUUUUCUCAUGAAAACUCACAGAUUCCUUAAUUGUUGAUCGGAGAAAUUAAAAUCAGGUUUAAUUAAUGGCCGGAGAUUAUAGUCGAUGGUCGCCGGAGCCGCGGGAUUUCAAAGCUAUGUUGAAGAAAUUAUCACAUGAACAACUUCUUCAAGUUUUGUCUGAAGGCCUUUGUUCUUACUGUGAAGAAGUUAUUGAGUCUCGUGUCAACAAUCUCAACUUUAUUCAAAGAAGGGUAGACGAAAUGACAUUAUCCAAUGUUAAUGUUGCAGAAAGUUCAUCUGAUGAUGCAAUUUCACCUAAAAGAAAGCUGAAUGCUGAUGCUUAUACACCCUUUCCACAAGUUGGCGACUCAACCAACUCAGGAAGGUCGAAACGAUUUGUUAGUGCCUUGUCUAAACCGGUGAUUAACAAACAACCAGCGUCCGACCUUUCAAAUUUUGAGAUUAAACUAAAUGAUGGACCUAGUAGAUCAGUCGUAGGCGAUGAUUUAGUGGAGGAUCAGAAAGAGUUUAUUAGAUUUAGCCAAGUUGGAAGGCGAAAGGAUUUUGUUCACUAUGAGAAUGUUAAUGAAAAGCAAAUAAAUGUGCUUAAAGGGCUUGAGCUUCACACUAACGUUUUCAAUCCUGAUGAGCAAAAGGAGAUAGUCGAACUUGUUUACUCUCUCCAGAGGAUGGGACAAAAGCAACAACUUAGAGCGCGAACAUAUUCUGAACCAAGAAAAUGGAUGCGAGGGAAGGGGCGCAUCACUUUACAAUUUGGUUGUUGUUAUAAUUAUGCUAUGGACAAAAAUGGUAAUCCGCCGGGCAUUGUUAGAGAUGAAGAAGUGGAUCCAUUGCCUCCUUUAUUCAAGAAAAUGAUUAAGAGAAUGGUUAGAUGGCAUGUUUUGCCUACGUCAUGUGUACCUGAUAGUUGCAUCGUGAAUAUUUAUGACGAGGGUGAUUGCAUUCCUCCUCAUAUUGACCAUCACGACUUUGUUCGACCUUUCUGCACAGUAUCUUUCUUGGCAGAAUGUAAGAUACUCUUCGGCACAACCUUAAAGAUUAUUAAUCCUGGAGAGUUCUCUGGUCCUUUCUCCUUGCCUCUUCCUCUCGGGUCAGUGCUCAUUCUCAAUGGUAAUGGAGCUGAUGUUGCUAAACAUUGUGUGCCUAGUGUUCCAGCUAAAAGAAUUUCCAUUACCUUCCGUAAGAUGGAUGUCAGCAAAUUGCCAUAUCGUUAUACUCCUGAUCCAGAGCUUGUAGGAAUCGAGCGUCUUAUUCCUUCUCCAUCAUUGGACAGCUCAAGAAAUCGUUACCAUGGUAAAAUUGACAAGCUUCCGAAUAGUGAAAAUAAGGUUUUUUCCAAUGAAGAUGAUUUCCCUCCUCUGGGAAAGUCUACUUCUUCUAGCCGUAGAAGUCGCAGAUAAUGUGUGUAACUUAUAGUUAGUGUAAGUUGUGCGGCCUCAUGUGCCGCACCUGUACCAUAGCUUCAAUUGAUUUUGGGUAUUUUUACCAAAAUCAAUCGAAGAAAUUCGUGAAAAUAAUUUAUAAAAAAAUGUAAUACAUAAAUGUGUUAUUUAACUGGAGUUCAUUUCACAUUCAUGUUCUUCAACAACAUUGGAGUUUAACAUCAAAUUUAUACAA